AUGCAUGCUCAUCAUUGUGAGCCAGUUGCAAAUAUUCGACAAGGGAACGACGACUACAAAAGUCAAUUGAAAAAAUCGUCAACCUCUUCAAUCAAACAUGUUCAAGCUGUUCAGACAUCAUCUAUCACAAACACGAAACAAAAAACGGAGCAGAUCGCAAAAACUGAGUCAAAAUCUCCAAAGCCGAAACCUGCUGAUGCUCUGACCAGUCUUCCAAUUGAAAAAGGAAAAAACGAAAGUGAACGUAAAUUUUUUUUGUUGGAUGAUGAUCAUCAUUGUGAGCCAGUUGCAAAUAUUCGACAAGGGAACGACUACUACAAAAGUCAACUGAAAAAAUCGUCAACCUCUUCAAUCAAACAUGUUCAAGCUGUUCAGACAUCAUCUAUUACAAACACGAAACAAAAAACGGAGCAGAUCGCAAAAAUUGAGUCAAAAUCUCCAAAGCCGAAAACUUCUGAUGCUCUGACCAGUCUUGCUCGAGAGGCGUUUUCCAGUGUGAAAUGUUCGGAGUUUGCAUCGGCCUCAAUAAGUUACGGACAAUUGAUUGGAGUGAUGAGCAAACGAGAGAAAGAAAACAAAGGAUCAACCUCAAGUCUGCCAUUUAAGCAGAAAGAUGUGAAAUUUGCGCACCUAUAUUGCCUUUUCAGAUCCUCGCCCGUCGAAGAUGUUAUCAAAUACAAAGAUGAGCGAAUGAAAGAGUGCAAGAGUGUUCUGCUUGACUACUGCACGGCAUUCAUAUGCAUCAAAAAUUUCAUGUUUGAUGCAGCAUCUUACGCAAUCAAAGAUAUCGAAGCAGAACUGUUUAUUAGCAUCCGUUUACCUAAUUGGCCAGGAGAGACCCUUAACAUUGACAUCUUGCGAUUUAACAAAAUCAGUUGCAAUGAAUCAAGAGAAUCCAAACUGACCGCCUUGCAACAAGUGAAGGAGAGAUGUUUGAAACCCCCUCCUCCUUUGUUUAUUUGUGCCUACCCUAAUUGUUCCCUGGCUAGAAGGGAAGUGUACCAGGGAGACCCUCUGACGUCACAGUUCGAGAGUGUUUACAGUUUGGAGUGCAGUGAGAAGUGUCUACUUGGAUACCAUGGUGUUUGCUGGAAGAAAGUUGAAAAGGGUGAAGAAAAGUUGGUAGGUUCGCCCCGCUAA